AUGAAAAAAGCACUAGUUUUUGUUUUCCUCAUCAUAGUUCUCGACAUUAGUCAAGCUGAUGAUCGAUUUCGCCCGCAAUAUCACUUAUUACCACCGAGCAAUUGGCUUAAUGAUCCCAAUGGUCCCGUAUAUUAUAAUGGUUAUCACCAUAUGUUCUUUCAAUAUGAUCCAAAUUCGCCAGGUCAUUUCUACAGUAAAGACAUGGUCCAUUGGAUAGGUUUACCAAUUGCUAUUGCACCUGAACAACCAUACGAUAUAAAUGGUAUUUGGACCGGUAGUACAUCUGUUGUUGAUGGUGUUCCUAUUAUCAUCUAUACUGGAAUCAAUGAAACUCACGCACAAGUACAAUGUCAAGCUCGUCCAGCAAAUUUAACAGAUCCAACAUUAAGUAAAUGGAUCAAAUGGCCAUCAAAUCCACUUAUCAUUAGUCCGAAUGGACGUGAUCCAUCAACAGCAUUUCAAGAUGAUCACAAUAAUUACUACUUGAUUUAUGGAUUUGGUUCCGAUGAAUUAGGUGGCCAAGCGGUAUUAUUCACAUCAAGAGAUUUUGUGAAUUGGACGUAUUUACAUCCAAUUCAUAGUAACCACUAUGAUACAUUCUGGGAAUGUCCAGAUAUUUUCAAUGUUUCUAAUCGACUUGUAAUGAAAGUAUCAUUGCGUGGACAAGACUUUUGGGCUGUUGGUGAACUUGAUCCUAUACAGAAAAUUUUUCAUCCACUAGCUGGCGACGUUGGCGAAUAUACACAACUGAUCGAUCAGGGAAAAUUCUAUGCAUCCAAGUCAUUCUAUGAUCCUAUUCAUGAUCAACAAGUCAUCGUAGGUUGGAUAGCUGAAGAUGAUGACCAAGGUGAAAAACGUGGCUGGCAAGGUAUGCAUUCUCUGCCACGAUCUAUCUUUCUUUCGAACGACGGAUUACAACUUGGAUCAUGUCCAAUAGAAGCAUUGCAAACUUUACGUGUGGAAGAAAGUCAUCGAUACUUUCAUAAUAUUGUUUUACCAUCAACAAUACCAUUCGAAUUGGUACCUGAUGUGAGUGGAAAUCAAAUUGAACUGAUAAUUAACUGGCAAUUUCCAAGAGAUAAAGUAAAUACACAUUUUUGGAAGACUUUUUUGAUCGAUUUAUCUAUGAAAUUGUUUUCGCAAGAUUUAGAUUUCGGAUUGAGUGUCCUUUCGACAUUGGGUGGUAGUCAACGAACAAGCGUUGGAAUAAUGACGAGAGCCAGCACAACAUUCAUGCCUAAUUGGGAUGUACCUGGAUGGGACUAUUUUAGUGUACCAGGUAUUACGAAUUCGUUAGAUUGUCAACAUGCUUUCGGGAAUACCGAACUUGGUGGCAGGCUUGAUUUGUACCUCAGGUUAAAACAAUCCGAGACCAAACAACAACAGCAACAACAACUCGUCUGGGUUUACACUAAUCGAACCUUAUCACAGCGAAGCUCUGGAGCAUCACGUGAUCCACUUGCUGGUACGAUAUGGUUGGAAUCUGAAUCAUUGAACGAUCAGUGGUUUCUAGAAUUGAAUAUUUUCAUUGAUCAUUCAGUAGUCGAAGUGUUUGAACCAUAG